UACAAAAUAAGACAAAAAUGUGUAUUGUAUUUUGAAAAUUUUUUCGGCGUAAAAUCAGGGCUCUAAAUGGGCUAAAUAAAGGUGAUUCGUUCGAGGAGUAUGCACGAAAAAUUGCAUUCAGUCAUACUCUCUACUUUUAGAAUUGCUUAGGUGGAUAGCUUGAUACCAGUUUUAUUCCGUUUUCAUAUAUCAUAUAUACUAAUCCUGGACUUGUAACUUCGUAUUAUACAUUCUUUGUUAGUGUAGUGAUUGCGAUCGUUAAAAUAUUAACAACGAUCGUCAAUCCGAGUGGUUUGAUCUAUCUGCGAAUUAAAAGGGUUUAGUCCAAUAGGACUACACAUUUCUGCAGAAAAAUCAGUUAUUAAGUAUCGAUAUUUUAAAUUUUUCUGCUGAUAAAUUAACACGGAAAUCGAUAAAUCGUCCAAAAAGGUUUUUCUGCAAUUCAUAAAAUAAAAGUAUGUAUGUAUAUCCUGUGAUGAAAUUCAAAAACUAAGCCGCGCAUGCAACUUAAUUAACUCAAUCUUUUAAACUCGAGUAGAUAAUAAGAUUUAAAUUAGCCUUUCAAACCGAUGCAGCAAGAAUUAAAUUUUUAUUUAUGCAAGUGAUUCCAAAAAUUUAAAUAUGAGGCGGUUAAGAAGCUUCACUGACACCAAAAAAUAUAGCCUCCAUAAAGAAACUGAAAGUUCUUCACCCGAAGAAACUAAUGCAAAACAUGUACCGACGUUAAAAGUAAUCAAAAAGACAACAGAUGGUGACAUUUCUAAAGAGUCUCUUUGUCAGAAGCGCUUGGCUACCGCUGUGAGUAUCUCGGAAUUUCCGUUUAAUAAAAAGCGUGUGCGCGUUCUGAGUAAUGAGAGCAGAGUCAGUGAAUCUCUUUGCGGAGGUAUACUUUAUUGGAUGUAUCGCGAUGUUCGAGUUCAAGAUAAUUGGGCUUUUUUGUUCGCUCAACGGUUAGCACUUAAAUUUGAGCUACCACUAUUGAUAGCAUAUAUCAUUUCACCUCUAGAUCAGGUUACUACUCUACGCCAAUACGAUUUCUUACUUGGUGGCUUAGAAGAAGUAGAGCGAGAAUGUAAAGAUUUAUUAAUACCCUUUCAUUUAUGCGUUGGUGAUACAGCAGUGUGCCUGCCGGAAUUUGUACGUAACCACAAGAUCGCUGCAGUUGUGUGCGAUUUCACGCCGUUACGUGAGCAACUACAAUGCGUAGAACAAGUGAAAGCGGCAUUACCCGUAAAUGUACCCUUUACACAAGUUGACUCACAUAAUAUUGUACCACUAUGGAUAUCGUCUGACAAACAAGAAUUUGUAGCAUAUUUUAUGCGCCGUAGAAUUAACGCCAGAUUGAAUGAGUUCCUCACAGAAUUUCCACCUGUCGUUGAGCAUCCUUACAAUAACAAGAAUACUAUGAAUAUCAAGAGUAUCGAAUGGAAACAGGUCCGUGCUUCAUUGCAGUGCGACCAUUCAGUGGAACCCGUAAAAUGGCUAGAACCAGGCUAUACGAUGGCAUGCGCCCAACUUCAAAGUUUCUGUGUGGAACGUUUGGCCAUUUACAGUGCAAAACGCAAUGACCCAACAGUCAAUGCUUUGUCAGGACUUUCACCAUGGCUUCACUUUGGCCAAAUAUCUGCACAGCGCUGCAUUUUGGAAGUGAUGCGUUACCAAUCUCAGUACAAAGAUUCUGUGGAGGCUUUCUGCGAUGAGGCAAUUGUUCACCGUGAACUGGCAGAUAAUUUCUGUUACUACAACAAGAAUUAUGAUAACCUUAAGGGAUUGUAUCCUUGGGCCAUCAAAACUCUAGAAGAACAUCGAACAGAUGAACGCAAUCCUACAUAUGCAUUCACAGAAUUUGAAGGAGCAAGUACACAUGAUGAUCUUUGGAAUGCUGCUCAGAUGCAAUUGGUUCACGAAGGCAAAAUGCACGGAUUUCUGCGAAUGUAUUGGGCAAAAAAAAUAUUGGAAUGGUCAUCUUCACCAGAGGUGGCCUUAAAAACCGCUAUUCAUUUGAAUGAUAAAUACAGUCUUGACGCUCGAGAUCCAAAUGGCUAUGUUGGAUGCAUGUGGUCAAUUGGAGGCUUACAUGAUCAUGGAUAUCCCAACAGACCAAUUUUUGGUAAGGUGCGGUACAUGAACUACAACGGAUGCCAGCGAAAAUUUGAUGUUAAAGCUUUUGUCGCCCAGUAUAACCCUAAUUGUAAAACAGAAUAAAUACUACUAACUUACUUACACUAGAA